AUGUCCUUCCUGCGUCCUACCGUGUCGAGCCUGCGGCGUGCGGUCAGCGGUGCGCAAGACGAGCAACACUGCCAUAGAGGUCCCUCUGCCGCUGCGGGUGUCGCGCAACCCUUUUCGGCACAGCCGAUCUUCCACAACACUGCUACAUCCGACUACUCUCACGUGUCUAGUCGUGUCAAUACCGGCCUUCGCAGUCGCGUUCGUACAGCGUCUCUAACUCGAUGUCCCGCUGCCGCCGCCGCGUCACGCUCGCCGUCCCUUCGUGAGUUUGCUGACAAGUGCGACAGUGUCAUCCAGCGAGCACAGGCGAUGCUGGAGCGCACGCACGAGCAGGAGUUGAAGGUGACAAUGGCGCUUGAGGAGCGUAAGUCGCAAUCCCCCGCACGCCAGGCAACGCCGCUCCUGCAAACAGAGUCGACCCCGCAACGGACGCCAGCUAACACACAAGGUGGCCUCUCUUUUUCCACGUCGUCCCCGGCGAUGCUGAACGCACCGCAUACUACACCAGUGGCGCCAUCAAGUGCGGUAUCCUCGACUGCCAUCACCACUUCACCCUCUCUUCCGCUGCUCCCGGCCCCUCCGCCAACUCCGGCAGGCCUCCCGCGCAGCCCGCCCCCCACGCAGUGGGACGCUGACACGAGCCUCAGAGAUCCCACCAGCCACUCCUCCCCCUCGCUCUUGCAACGCCUUCGGCGAUCCUGGCAGCGUGGAUCCAGUCAGGCAGGGGAGACCCACGCAACUUCGCCUAUGCCAUCCACGCCGGAUGUGGCCCUGUUUACCGGCGCCGCUCGUGUGAGCCCGCGCAAGUCUGUGCGCUUCGCCAGCCCCGAGAAGCUGGAGACAGUCACACCGACAAAGGUGGUCCAGUUAUGGAGCGAUGGCGAUGACGACGAAGACGAGGAGACAAGUGAGGACGAUGAGGAGCAGGAGCGACUGCCGCCCACCAAGAAGAUGCGCUCUGAGUCGAGGAGUAGCAGUCACACGCCUCACCGCGACUCCGUCGCAGUGCUGCCAGCUCCACCUCCGUCCGCCGUCAAGUCCGACAGUUGUAGCCGCAACGCGAGCAGCAACUCUUUACUUCCCUCUGAGACUCCCUCACCGUCGCGCAGCACUGCGUCCCCGCCGUCCCCGCAUAGGGAGCGCACCCGAUCGCUGUCCGCCACACGCACUACCUCCCCUCAAGAGCGCAGCGGCAGUAGUGGUCGCAGCUCCACCACCUCGACGCGCCCGCUGAUGGACCAUGACGAGGUCAAGGAGUACAUCAUACACCACACCAUCCGCAGCUCUCUCUCGUGUAUCUCGAGGGCCAACAUGGAGGACUAUCUCAGAGAGGAGGGCGUGGCGCUGCCAGCCGAGGGACAUUGUCUGAAGCGGCACCUCCUCGCACGCAUCCGAGUCCUCAUCAAGCAGGGAACGACACCACAUUCACACCAGAAAUAG